GAUAAAGAAUUUGUGUAUGAAUUAAAUUGGCAAGAUAAUGAGUUGUUCUUGCCUGUUAAGUGUGUCAGAAUCCAUUUUCUUAAACACUGUCCGAUACAUAUCGACCUGCCAAGCGAAAAAUGCUGGGUUUCAGGGGUUGCAUUUAAAUAUGCCGCUUGAAAUGAAACUAAAACAUAUCGAGCGAAAAAAGCUGAAAAUUCGAAGAAUGGAAAGGAAAGCUUUGGAGCCAAUCCCGGUUGUAGAUUUCUUUAUUCCUUAUUCAUGGAAGACAGAAGAAAGAAAAAGAAACACAGAAAUUUCUGAGAGUGAACUUGAAAGAAGAGCCUUGCUUGAAAAAGAAUGGGCUCGGUUUAUAUUACAACAGCGUAAUGCAGAAAGAAAAAGAUUACGUACUUUAAUGUUGGAACAGGAAAAAGCAAUGUUUGAACUGAAGCAAGAAUCUCAAGAAUUAUAUGAAGCUGCUUUAAAACCAGACCUAUCAAUUUUGCCAUUUACAUGCAGUGGUCCUGUCGAAACACUACCCUUAAAAGAAUAUUUAAUGCCACUUGGUGCAUAUGUUCAUAAUUCAGCACCGUUUUCAACUGAUGAAUCUUUGAAUGUAAAAUUUGAUGUCGAACUCUAAUCUUUUAUGUAUUUUCACUUCGGAUACAUCAUGCGAGUAACUUGUGUGCAUUACUUGUCUUGGGUACAGGUGAAUUAAGCAAAAGUUCAGUUGACAAUUUUCACCAUGCCAUAUGCAAGGUGUGCAAUUAGUCAUGGAGUACGGAACAAACACUUAACUGAUCAACCUGGCUAAAAAUAAGUCACAGUGAAUCUAUGGUUUUCGUUAAACACGGUAAAAAUACCCAAAUAAAUACUAAGAAAAGUAUAAACCAGAAAAGAGGCGAAGCGUCAAGUAAAUACAAAAACAGCAUUUU